AUGGAACCAUCUAGAAAGAAAAAGAAAUCGAAUUUAUUCGAUGACGAUAAUGACUCUCACGAUCGAUUUGUGAAAGCUAUCCAAGUUCCCCUCAAUGAUAUACCAGAUAUUGAUAAAUAUGUAUUAAAUCUUACAUCGGAAAAAAUUGAUGAUUUUAUAAAGGACAUAAUCAAACUUAUUAAUGGUGUUGGAAAUGCAUUAAAUAUACGAGAAAAAUUAAAUAUGAUUUAUACGGAGUGUCCGCCAUUAAUGUAUAAACACAUAACAAAAAUAACAACUGAAGAUGUAUGUUUUUUUUCAACAAUAUUACAAGAUGAUAUUAUCAAUAAAACUAUUUUGGAUUGGCCAAUAUUAAAAGAUUUUAUUGAAUUAUUUCGUACUAUUUUACAUGUUGAAUUUGUUAAAAAUAUUUAUUAUGAAUUAAUCAAUGAUGAAAUAGAAUCAACGAAUACUCUUCUUGCUGAUCAUUUUAAAGAUAUUAUUGAUCAUACAAUUGAAGAGAUAAUUGAAAAACGUGGCCUAGCAUUUGCAAACUUAUCAACAUGUUAUGCUGCUGUCACAUGCUUCAACAGAACAAUAAUUAUAAAUAAAAAUAUUGUUAUGUUAGAAUUAAUUGAUGAUGCUAAAAAUUUGAAGGACAACUCUAUUAUGUUUGGAGCAUUAUUACUGAUUAUGUUACAUGAAUUUCUUCAUGCAUUACAUCGUACGAUAAAAAAUCAUGCAUUCAAUCCAUUUAAUGAACAAAGAUCAUCUCGAAAAAUUGCAUCAGAUUACAACAUGGAAACGACUGAUAGUGAUACACAAUUAGAUGAUCGUUUAUUUGGUAUUGUAUGCGAAACUGUUGGAUAUUUAGAUGGGAAAUUUUUAUUAAAUUCUCAAAAUUGGACUAAUUAUAAUCAUCAAGAAUUUAAAGAAAAUUUUAAUGAUACAAGAACACGUGAUUUAGCAGAAAAUAAAAAACAUAAUCGAUGGAUUCUACGACGUCAAUCUCAUAAAACUAAUGAUGAUACAAAUACAGAUGAUACAAAAACGGCAUCAAUACCAAUGCCAACUACAUUUCGAAACCGAUGGAAAAUUCCUCAAUGUGCAUUAGCAUCACCGCUCUUCAAUAUUGAACAAUAA